GCGUUAGUGCGUUACUGAUUGCUGGUCUCCCUCUUCUCUUUUCUUACUUUCAGUCAUUUCUUCAUUCAAAGAAAACAAAAAGGAAAAAUCCUAGCUAGCCUCCACCGCCGCCGAACGGAGUGACCGGUUGCCGCCGUCCGUGGCUGUCCGAGGAGUCUUUCUUUGUACUGUCGGUGUUUUCCAUGUCAGAUCCCCUAUUUGAUGUCUUCUUCAUCCCUCGGCGCCCAUCCUCCGUCGGAUUCUUCCUGCUGCUCGUGGUCGUCUUGUCGCCGUCGUCUCGGCGUCAUUAUCUCGAAGAUUACACGGAACAAAAAAAACCAAUUACUUGGAACACUUGCACACAAAUAUGCCCAGUCCUAACAGCAGCUUCCUAAUGAAUUCUUGGUUGGGUCCUUCCCCUGUUCUCAGAACGUUGGCUGUAAUCAUGCUGGAUUUUGAUAGGAAUAUAAAGAUUCUUGCAAUCCUUACCAAUAUUGGGGCUGAACAGUGCUGUGACUCUCUAUAAAUUUGGCAUAGGUGAUCACCACAUUUGUUCUUUAUCUACACUGAAAUUCAGUUUAUUUGAGUAAUUUUGUAGUGGCAGGUAGCAAUGGUAGCUAGGUAUGAUCUCAUCAAGUGUAUCAAUGCUGGUCCAGCGCAUAAGGUGUGGAAGCUCAAAGUACGUGUCAUUAGACUUUGGACCGUUUCUCAAUUUGCAAGAUCUGGGAUGAAGGCACCUAUUGAGAUGGUUGUCCUUGAUGAAGAGGGAGAUACAAUUCAAUGCACUGUAAAAGACAUAUUUGUUCCUAUUUUCGAGGGCUUACUCGCUGAGGGCUUACUCGCUGAGGGCAACGUGUACGUGGUCACUAAUUUUGGAGUUGCUUUAAAUACCAUCAAGUUCAAGCCUACUAGACACGAAUUUAGGAUCCAUUUCAAGAGGGACACGAUUGUGCGUCCGGUACAAGAUUCUUCAUUUCCAUUGAACGGAUUUAAUUUUGUUCCGUUCAAAACAAUACAAUCAGAGUCUAAAGAAGAUGGUUAUUUAGUUGAUGUGAUAGGUCAGCUUGCUUCUAAGGGUAACUUGGUCGAAUUCACACGGGACGGGAAGCCGUCAAGUUAUAUCACCAUAGAACUUGAUGAUCUUGAGGGUGGACAGAAAUUAAGAGUAACGUUGUGGCAGUCUUUUGCUUUUGAAUUGCUCAAAUAUCUAGAGGAACACCCGUCUCUUACCUAUGUGGUUAUUCUCCAAAUGGGCAAGAUGAAAUUUUAUAGUGGGGUCAUGGGUGUAUCUAACACAAACUACAAUUCGAAACUGUUUAUCAAUGUUGAGUUUCCAGCUGCCAGGGAUUUCUUUGCGAGGGUGAACAAAUUGGAUCCUGUUGAUGGACAAGGCAUAAUGCCGCUGGUCUGUGGUCAACCUGUUUCAGAUGAGGAGGAUUUUUUGCGUCUGUCAGUCUACAAAACAAUUGCAGAUAUAAAGGAGCAUAAUCAGGAUGCUGUAUUUGUUACAGCCAGGACGAUUAAAGAAGUUGAGACUGAAUUUGGUUGGUGGUACAAAGGAUGUAAGAAGUGUCGUCGUGGCUUGAGGGAACUUGAUAAAAAAUAUUUCUGUCCCAAUUGCAUUAGAGACUACGGGUUCUAUGAGCCAAGGUACAUCAUCCACGUAAGGGUGAUAGACCACACCGAUGCUGCCUCUUUUGUUUUGUUCGAUGGAGAAGCUGCAAAGUUUCUUGGAGUUUCUGCUAAGGACCUUAGGCAGUCUUGUGUGACUAAGGGUGUUGAGAAAAAUUCCUGUCCCGAAGAGAUUCAUAAGCUUAGGGAUAUUAAGUUCAUCUUCAAAGUGCAACUCAAGAUGAGGAAUCUGAACUCUUAUGAACCAUAUGUGAUUCAUGUGCUGAGAAUGACUAAUGAGAAUUCUCUGGUCUCUGCCUUCCUUGAUAAAUACAAUCCUGACACUGGCCUUUUGUCCCAUGAAAAUUCUGAACUAUUGAGUUUGUCUACUGGUCCAUACAACACUUCUAAGGCUUGUGAGAGUGAGCCAACUCCAUCACCUGCAGUUGAUGAGAAACAUAAUUCUAAGAUUCUCGGAGCUAAGAAACAUAAUGAAGAGAUUGGAGAGGAGUCAGUUUCAUCCAAAUCUAAGAAAGGGAAGUGGGUUGUGGUGGAGGACUAAAUCAACAUGCCUUUACACAGUUCGAUUUAAAAUAUAGGAGAAUAAUUUAUUUAAACUAUUAUUUGAAUGAACUAUGGUUGUUUGAGAGUUAUUAGGAUCUACAAUAUAUGAGUAGUUUAUUUUUCAAAGUUUUUGUGUUAGACAUUAAUUUAUCUCUUAUAACUUGAUACAAGAGUUGUUUCUUAUAUUUGUUUAUUUAA